GACAGUCGAAAUUUGGCAUCAUAUGUGUUGUGGUGUGUGUUGUGUUUUCAUUUCAAGAUUUAUUUGAUUUCAAGUUGAGUUGAAACGUACUGUCGAGCGAAACGAAAAAGAAAAAUCCCGUUCUAUUUGUGCCAAAAUUAUCUAAAAACAAUAGUAUUUGUUAAUACCCAUCUAUUGGCCCGACUGGUUUAGCAAUGCAAUUUGAUAACUGAACCAAAAUUCACCUGAUAAUUGCGUUUUUGUUUGGUGUAUUUUUAGACCAUGGAUGAAAAUAAUGUGCCAGAGGAGAAUACGGAUGAGAAUCCCACAGAGCAUGAGCGAGAGGAUAGAGCCAAACGCAUUCGGAUGAUUUCCAAUCAGGAAGCUGACUCCACCUCUAACGGCUUAGCUUUUGCUGAAAACUCCGUACCUGACGACCACAGUAACAAAGAAGAUUGCUCCAAUUCUUCUGACAACUCAAAUGGCUUAGUUGUCGCAGAAAACUUUGUAACUGACAGCAACAGUAAGAACGCAGAGAGUCCAACCUCUGGAGGCACUUCCGAAGAAUGCUCCAAUUCAAGUCCGUUUGUUGGAGGCAGCCUAAGCAUUAGUAGCGACAGUGGCGUACCUGCUACAUACCCGGAACCCAAUCUCUACACUGGAGAAAGCCACAGCUCUGGAGAAACCACAAAUUCAUCCUCACCUAGGUCUAGUUACAGUAUACCGGAAUCAUCGGACGCAAAUGAUUCCAACGACUCGGACGCGCAUAGCGCCUACGAGAGUAUGAACGGAUCCGGCAAUUCUGGUUGGAUGUCCGAUGUCGACGAGGCGGUAGAUGCUAUAUUGAAAAAAGAAAAACCGAAACAUACGUUUUUCUACGUUCCAGAAAUUAUUAAUAGACAAAUCGGCUAUGGAGCAAGAAAAGCACACCCCAGUCUUUUCCAGCAACGUUGCUACGGCUCCCUGACUAAUGUACAAAAACUAGAGCUCAUGUACAAAUUAGAAGACCAUGAAGGUUGUGUAAAUAGUCUUAAUUUUAGUUCGGAUGGUAAAUAUUUAGCUAGCGGUUCAGAUGAUUUAAAGAUUUUGUUGUGGGAUUGGAAAGUUGGUAAAAGUCUUGUAAAAAUUAAUACCCCUCACAGAAAAAACAUAUUUCAAACUAAGUUCCUACAUCUUAAUGGUCCUGAUAUACAUUUGGCUACCUGUGGCAGAGAUGGUAAUGUGUGUUAUGUACAGGUUGCUAAUGAUGGUGUUAGAGAAGGCAGAAAACUAGGCAAACAUGGCGGUCCAUGUCACAAACUAUCCGUGCUCAAAGAUCAACCUCAUACAAUUCUAAGCGCCGGCGAAGAUGGUGUCGUUUUCAACCAUGACCUUAGAAGUAAUAUCCCUGAAAAACUUGUUCACGUCAAAGACAAAGUUAAUUCUGUAUCGUUGUAUAGCAUACAUUCCCAUCCUUUGCAGAGCCACGAAUUUUGCGUUGCUGGAGGGGAUGUUGCUGUUAGAGUAUAUGACCAAAGAAACGCUUCCAAGCCAAAGACCGCGUUUUUUCCCUACAAAGAGUCAGAUGCCAGGUUCAUUAAAGGCAUGCAGGUUACUUGCGCCGUCUACAACUACAAUGGUAGCGAACUGUUGACUUCCUACAAUGAUGACGAUAUAUUCCUGUUUGAUACCAACAAAGAGCCAGGACAAUAUAUGCAUAAAUACACAGGGCACAGAAAUUCAGCUACAAUCAAAGGUGUUUCCUUUUUCGGACCCAAGUCCGAAUUUAUUAUGAGCGGCUCCGAUUGCAGUCACGUUUUUUUCUGGGAGAAGCAAACUGAAGCUAUCGUUCAAUUCUUAUUGGCCGACGACAAUGGAGUCGUGAAUUGUCUGGAAGCUCAUCCCGAGUUGCCAUUUUUGGCAUCGAGCGGGCUCGAUUGGGACAUUAAGCUCUGGGUUCCAUCCUGCGAAGAAGAACCGUCAAUGCCCGAUUUACGUUUGACAAUCAAAGAAAACAAGAGAGAAGGCUGGGGUAGCUACGAAGCGAGAUCGGCGAACCAGGUCCUGUGGAUGUUAUGGCGUAGACUGAGAUCGGCCAGAGUACAAGGAUCACCCGACCAGUCGUUUUUCACUGUGGAUUCCGUUUCUGCCAGCGAGGACAGCUCCGCAGACUCGUCGGAGUCCAGUAACGCAGACGACUGGCCGUCCGGGUGCAGCUCGUCGUAAAAAUAUUUUGCCGAUAAGUUUUUGUGGACACCAAAAUUGAGUUUGUGGUCCACAAAAUUACUUAGAGCCAAUGCUUUUUUUUGUUGUUCGGUUUUUAUAUUAUUUAAUAAUUGUAUAUAGGGGUAUUUUGUUACAAUUGAAUUAUACAGUGGAAUACACAUGAUGAUAAUGAACUGGCUUAUCAUGGCAACCACUAUUAAUUUUAGUUGAAACUUUUGUGAAAUUGUACCAGGGGAAACGUUUGAUAGACAUCACCAGCUAGCUUACCUUGAAAUUUUCUGUAACUGGCUUUGGACAUUGGCACUUGUUAUAUCAAUUAUUUUUCUGUUGACCAUAAGACAUUUACUUUGCUGGUUAUUCCUGAUUCCCAUGUGAAUAAGGGGUAUGGCUUCAUAUAAAUAUUUGUAAUUUUUAGAAAAAAAUUCAAAAAAUAAAGUUUAAAAAGACUGUUUUUACAUUGUUUUACAUGUUAACAUUGUAAUUCUCUGCCUCUUCAUUUGAAAUUAGAGCUUGGGUAGCCUGAGUACUGAAAUAAGAAUUGGAAGCAAAUGACAUAGAGCAAUUUGUUAGAAAGCUCACCUGUUGGAUUCUUAAAUUUGGCACCUGGUGAUUUGUGGAAGUACCCAUGAUAGAAAAAUGGUUAUUUUAGGUAUUGAAGAAAUUUUGCACAGUCAUUAUUAUGCCCAUUGGGGUUUCCAUAAAAUCAAAAUAUGUGCCACUGUGUAAUAUAUUUUUUAUGUAACAAAACCCAAAAGAAUAUUCAUGAUUUUUUUUUUUAUGUUAACAUUUGUCGCAAUUUGGAUUCAUUUUUCACGUACUGCAACAUCACUGAGGUUGGGGAUUCUCUCGAUAAAGAAAUUAAAACUUGGACUAAAUACAAUAUGGAAUUUUUUUUUCAAAUUCCUGCACCCAAACUUGAGAAACUGUCAAAUUUAUUAGGGUCGGAUUAAUAAGGUACCUACUAAUUUAGGAAUCCUAAAUGUCUUAGCUCGUACAAUAUACCUAGUAUGAGUUGGUAUGUGACAAUAAAAAUCCUACUCUACUUUGUUUCUUUGCUAUAAAAAUACACGUUAAAUCUAGGGCCUUAUUCUCGCUGGUCGCACAAUGUGUCUUGUACAAUGACAUCAAAACACAGAUAGACGGAUCAUCCCAUUCAUAAACUAUUAUUUGUUGUGUUGACAAGACCACCCAUGGGCCAGGGGAGGUGAGUUGCUCGCGGGGUCGGGGUAGGGAGACAUCAUUGCUCAAAAUGGUGUAAAAAACCCCGCCCACACGUGAAUAUAUCUCGAAAUUUAAUUGGAUGAAUAAAUAAAAUAACAAAUUGACAAAUAAACUGAAAAUAUUCGAUACGAGCCCUUUAUUCUGGGAGUACCAAUAUCGUGUUAGUCGUUUCUUGUUUAACGCUAAUGAAUAAUCCCUGUUUGCAAUAAAGAUAGCUAGCUACUACAAUCAACACCUGCCUGCCAUUCAACAAGCCGCUUCUGGGCGGUGUUUUGCUAUAAUCUGCUGUUGCCAAAUUGAGUUCAGAAAUAAAAUUGAAAAUGUUAAUUAGAGGAGAAAAAUAUAUUAUUUAGGGAUUCAAGACAAAAUUUGGCAUUCUCAGUGGUGGGGAUAGCACAAAGACCCAAAAGAGACAGAGAGAUGUUGUCAUACGAAAAUUUUGUUUAUUGUUCGGUCUAUCUGUGUUUUGAUGUCAUUGGUCUUGUACUUAAUGGUUGAGCCCAAAUUGCGAUAGAAAUAAAUAAAUAAAAAAACAACAGGCCUUAGAAAUGGUUAUUUAUUUUACUGGACCUGUUCUUGAAAUACCAGAAAAUUACUUCCUAGUCAAGUACAGGUCUUUUUUGUCAUUGUUAUUAUUAUUUCAUAAUAAUUGAGUUACUGUUUGAUUAACCUGUUACAGACAUUCAAUGUAGAGAAAAAGAUUUGUAUCAAUAUACUGAUGGAAUAUAGAGUCUGUAUUGUGAUUGUAUACUCAUAAUGGGAACUGUGGGUAUAGUAAUGUAAGAGAUGUAAUUUGAUUUAGGUGAAUAAACGUUUGCGCUAUUUUGUAU